GUGGCGAUGGCGAGCGGGCGGCUGCGGUGCUGCUGCUGCUGCGGGGAGAGAGAGGGCCGGAGCCCGGAGGAGCUGACUAUUCUGGGAGAGACACAUGAGGAAGAGGAUGAAAUUUUGCCACGGAAAGAUUAUGAGAGUUUGGAUUAUGAUAAGUGCAUCAAUGAGCCUUACUUGGAGGUGUUGGAAACGCUGGAUAACAAGAGAGUUGGGAGAUACGAGUUGGUGAAAUGGAUCCUAGUAUUUUGUAUCGGUGCCUGCACUGGUUUGGUUGGGCUUUUCAUCGAUUACUUUGUUCAUCUCUUCUCAGACCUCAAAUACCAAAUCAUUGAGAAAUCGGUGGAGGAUUGCAGUGAGAGGGGCUGUCUCGCACUUUCCCUCCUCGAACUCCUUGCAUUCAACAUGGGUUUCGUCUUCCUGGCCAGCCUAUUUGUCCUGAUUGAGCCUAUUGCAGCUGGAUCUGGAAUUCCUGAAAUCAAAUGUUACCUAAAUGGGGUAAAGAUCCCUGGGAUCGUGAGGCUGCGGACCCUGGUCUGUAAAGCAGUGGGCGUGCUAUUCUGUGUGGCUGGAGGUUUAUUUGUGGGGAAGGAAGGCCCAAUGAUUCACAGUGGAGCAGUGGUGGGAGCAGGGUUGCCCCAGUUUCAAAGCAUCACUUUCCACAAGAUCCAGUUCAACUUCCCGUAUUUUCGCAGUGACAGGGACAAGCGUGACUUUGUGUCAGCGGGGGCAGCAGCAGGCGUUGCAGCAGCUUUUGGGGCUCCAAUUGGAGGGACGUUGUUCAGUCUGGAGGAGGGAUCCUCGUUCUGGAAUCAGGCACUAACGUGGAAAGUGCUCUUCUGCUCAAUGUCUGCCACGUUCACACUGAAUCUGUUCCGCUCAGGAAUUCGCUAUGGGAGCUGGGGUUCCUUCCAGCUUCCUGGACUACUCAACUUUGGCGAGUUCAAGUGUGCAGAUGGAGACAAGAAGUGUCAUUUGUGGACAGCAGUAGAUCUGGCCUUCUUUAUCAUCAUGGGUGUGAUUGGUGGACUCUUGGGAGCACUGUUUAACUGUCUGAAUAGAAGGCUCGCAAAGUACCGCAUGCGCAAUGUGCAUCCGAAGGCCAAGUUUGUCCGGAUUCUGGAGAGCCUGCUGGUUGCUAUGGUAACAACGAUGGUAGUAUUUAUAGCCUCCAUGACACUAGGAGAAUGUCGUGAGAUCCCUUCGCAAACGCACAACGCAACACUACAGUUGUCCGAGCGGAAUGUAAAUUCCAGCAUCAAAACCUUCUUCUGUCCCAACCAAACCUACAAUGACAUGGCCACACUCUUCUUCAACCCCCAAGAGACUGCCAUUCUCCAACUCUUCCACCAGGACGGAACCUUCAGUCCGGUCACUCUGAGCAUUUUCUUUGUUCUUUAUUUUAUUCUGGCCUGUUGGACGUAUGGUGUGUCGGUCCCUAGUGGGCUCUUCGUGCCCUCGAUCCUCUGUGGAGCCGCCUACGGUCGACUUGUGGCAAACAUUCUGAAAACAUUCAUUGGGAUGACGCACAUUUAUUCUGGGACUUUUGCUCUGGUUGGAGCGGCGGCGUUCCUUGGUGGGGUGGUCCGUAUGACCAUCAGUCUCACGGUUAUUCUCAUUGAAUCAACCAAUGAAAUCACAUACGGAUUGCCCAUCAUGGUCACACUGAUGGUGGCGAAGUGGACAGGUGAUUUCUUCAAUAAAGGGAUUUAUGACCUGCAUGUGGAGCUCCGUGGUGUACCCUUACUCGAGUGGGAGACUGAGGCUGAAAUGGAUAAACUGACAGCCAGUGAUAUCAUGGAGCCAAAUCUAACCUAUGUCUAUCCUCACACCCGGAUCCAAUCAUUGGUUAGCAUUUUGCGCACCACAGCACAUCAUGCAUACCCUGUUGUCACAGAGAACAGAGGGAAUGAGAAGGAGUUCAUGAAGGGAAACAUCCUCAUCAGCAACAACAUUAAGUUUAAGAAAUCGAGUAUCCUGACUCGAGCCGGGGAACAGCACAAGCGGAGCCAGUCGAUGAAAUCCUAUCCAUCCAGUGAGCUGAGGAACAUGUGUGAUGAGCUGGUGACAACCGAGGUUGCUGAGAACGGAGAGGACAUGUUGCAGCAGAUGCUCGAGCGCAGACAUGCCCCCUAUCCAAAUCUAUACCCUGACCAGUCUCCAAGUGAAGAAUGGACAAUGGAGGAACGCUUUCGACCUUUAACCUUUCAUGGCCUUAUUCUGAGAUCGCAGCUGGUUACAUUGCUCGUGCGCGGGGUUUGCUACUCGGAAACCCAUUCGAGUUCGAUGCAACCGCGACUGGCCUAUUCGGAGAUGACUGAAGAUUAUCCACGAUACCCUGACGUUCAUGACCUCGACCUGACCCUCCUCAACCCACGUAUGAUUGUGGAUAUCACUCCAUACAUGAACCCCUGCCCUUACACAGUCUCACCAAACACACAUGUUUCUCAGGUCUUUAACCUGUUCCGCACCAUGGGACUGAGGCACCUGCCAGUGGUCAACGCCGUGGGAGAGAUUGUUGGAAUCAUCACACGGCACAACUUAAGCCACGAUUUUCUAUUGAUGAAACUGAGGCAGCACAACAUGACGAUGUGAUCCUCUUCUUCACAGUGCAACAUUCCAGAAUCUUUUACUCUACACUGCAACGGCUUUGAUUUUCAGGGGCCAUCUGAUAAGGCAGGACAUUCCUUGGUGCCAGUGCCCUCCUCAUUCACUUGCUAAACAGGCAUCAAAUUAACAAGCGACAGCCACUGAAGGACCUCAGCCCCCGACAUUAGUCUAUGAUUCACAGCAUUACACGCACCUGUUUAAAGUAGAUGGUGCUGAUUUUGUUAAUUGUAGAAUUAACUGCAGUGUUUGUAUAUCUGUGUUCAUGUGAGACAGGGAAGCAGUGAAAGGGAAGGGUUUCUUUUAUAUUAGCUAAGCUUCUGAAGUUGGGCCUCCAGCAAUGAGGAUUUUGCAGUACAUGAAGCCAGUUGAACAUUUUAUUCAGUUUUGCAGUUGGCUGACUUUGCACAGCGUUCACAGUCAAUCAGAUCAGUAUCAAAAUGGUCUUGAAAAGGCACAAAACAUAAAAACACUUAACGAGGCAAAAUCAGAGGUGUUCACUAACCAAAUCAGAAAUAGAUAACAGACUAAUACUAACUAUUCUUUUGUUUCUAUGGCAUUUUGUUCAAACACUAAAACUGCAGACAGAAUCACUGGAUAUUGCAAUUCUGCAGAUAAAUUUGUUCAUGGGCACAAAUCUGAGGUUUGCUUUGAACAAUACAGACAUAAAAUAUUGGGAAUAUAUUGUCCUCAACUGAAAUGGUCAAAGUUAAGAACUUCACCUCAAACAAUGACCUAUCUGUUGAAGGACCUGCUGUGUAUUUCCAGCAUUCCCAGUUUGUUCCAUUUCAGAAUGGCACACACUCCUGGUGGGAGGAGUUUCUGUUGCCGUUAGUAACCACUACAGUUCAAUCCAGCUUUGUAGUGAUAUCCUUGCUGUGAUCUCCAUGGUAACGUGGUUUGGGUUACAAUUUGGGAUGUACAGCUCCCCCAAUCACUGCGAAUAAUGUAUUGCAUGACACUAACACAAUAAAAAAUAUCACUGACCUGUGAUCACAUUUAAGAAAAUAAUCAGUGGCAGGUAUGAAAGAAAUUGAAUUAGGUUCAGUAUAAUGAUGUACCAAAUUAAUCCUUUGAUUUCUUGGUAGCUGUAAUUUUAGCAGAGUUAUCAGUACAACAACCCAGGCUGAGGAGGAGGGAUUAAGGUGAUUGAAGACAUGUAUCUGUUGACAAAAGCUGCUGGAAUCAGUGAGAAAAGGAGGCUGCUAGUUGAGGAUUCUUGUGAAAUAAUUUAGAAACUGACAAGAUGCCGUUCCCUGGUCUUUUCCACACUCUCAGCCAUAGCGUUGUGGGACUCACCUGCUCACCUGGGCUUCUGAAUUAUAAGGCAAAUGAAAUUUGCAUAUCCAGUGAGGGCAGGAUGAAUCUGUCAUCCUGUUUUCUGUAACUUUAUAGUUCAGAUACUUGAAGAAAAACAAUUCAUUGUUUUAAAAUUAAUUUUAAAGAAGCAAAUUGUAUGUGAAAGGUUACACUACACAAAGGGAACCCAGAUUAGCAACUCGUAAGUGAAAGGGAAAGGCUCCAGUAUGGAGCCUUCAUUCAUAGGGCUUUGCUGAAUUCCUUUUUUUCAUAAUUCUGUAUUUUAUACAAUUGAAUGUUUACCUUUGAGUUUGUGUGCUUGGAACUUACCUUAAAGCGUAUUUAAAAGAACAGUGAUUUAUUAGAAAUCUUAUUUUUGUUUUUCAGCAUUUCAUGCACCUGAUUGGUCUAAGGAGACGGUAAUGGCCAAUGUGUAGUUUCCAAGUUUUGAUCAUUUUUACAAUAUUAUAUAUUACAGAGCAACCCUUGUUGACCUGAACCCUGGCAAUUUAACAUAUUGUACACACCAGCAGUAUUUGUUCUUUAUGUUUCAGAAAUGCUCCUGGUGUGUGAUGAGCUAAAGCCCCAUACUCUGUAAGAGGUAAAAGCAAAAUUUUCCCCAGUUUUGGCACAGUAGCUCUAAAUGUUCUCAGAUAUUUAUUGUAAAGUGCUUUUUUCAGUCCUGUUUUUACUUGUGGGAUAUUGCAGAACACUUGCCUGUUGCCUGUUGUGUGAAUCUUGGCACAAUUUCUAAGGCAAGGGGCAAGUUUAGUUUGAAUUCGAUUUUGAGACAUUUGAGGCAGAGUUGGCCUGGACUCGGUACCAUGGGGCCCCAGGACCGUGUACCAAGAACACUAGAAUUCCAGGUUCCCGUUAAUUCAGAUAUUUGGGGCCAUUGAUACAAAUCACCCCUCUGAUUAGGAUUUAUUCAUCACAGGCAACAGUGCUAAAAGCAGCUCUUUCCUAACCUCCAGGCCUACAACUUUCAAGGAGGGGAAAACACAAGGAGUUCACCAGGUGUACAAACCUGACCUGGACUGCAGUCUUUGGUCCAUGUUGCAAUUGUCUGUAAAACUUGGAAUAUUUAGUAUGGUGGAUGAUACCAUAGUUGCUGUGAUUUGAGUAUUAUCACAUUGUCAUAUUUGCACUUAUUAUUUGUUAUGAGCUAAUUAUUUUACAUUGAGAAGCUUCUGAAGCCAAAUAUAAUUCUCAUUUUAUUUUUUUAUUCCAUGUUUUUAAAAUUUCUGUUUCUGUAAUUUUUUUUAAAGAUUAGGUUACAUUAUAAUAAACAUUCCCAUUUGUGAUCCUGCAAA